AUGGAGGGAGUGAGCGCGCUGCUGGCCAGCUGCCCCACCGCCGGCCUGGCGGGCGGCCUGGGGGUCACGGCGUGCGCUGCCGCCGGCGUGGUGCUCUACCGGAUUGCGCGGAGGGUGAAGCCGACACACACGAUGGUCAACUGCUGGUUCUGCAACCACGAUACACUGGUGCCCUAUGGGAACCGCAACUGCUGGGACUGCCCCCACUGCGAGCAGUACAACGGCUUUCAAGAGAAUGGAGACUACAACAAGCCGAUCCCGGCCCAGUACAUGGAGCACCUGAACCAUGUGGUGAGCAGUGUGCCCAGUCCCCGUGACCCUGCGCAGCCGCAGCAGUGGGUGAGCAGCCAGGUCCUGCUAUGCCGAAGGUGCAGCCACCACCAGACCACCAAGAUCAAGCAGCUGGCUGCUUUCACACCUCGAGAGGAGGGCCGGUAUGAUGAGGAGAUUGAGGUGUACCGCCACCACUUGGAGCAGAUGUACAAGCUGUGCCGCCCGUGCCAGGCAGCUGUUGAAUACUACAUCAAACACCAGAACCGCCAGUUGCGUGCCCUGCUUCUCAGCCACCAGUUCCGGCGUCGGGAGGCCGACCAGGCCCAUGGGCAGAGCUUCAGUUCCUCGGCAGCGAAGGCCCCAUUCCAGGUCAUCCUGCUCCGUGCCCUGGCCUUCCUGGCCUGUGCCUUCUUGUUGUCCACUACACUGUAUGGACACAGCGAACCCUUCACCCCAGAGGCUGCCUUGCUCCCGGCCCUACCUCCUGGGAGCAACAGUUCUGCUGCCUCAGACAACACCACUUCUCAGGCGGAGGGCUGGCAGCAGCUGCUGGGCCUGUUGCCGGAGCAGGCUACAGAGAAGCUACAUGAAGCCUGGGCCUUUGGGCAGAGCCACCAGACCAGCAUUGUGGCCAUGGGCCUGCUCACGUGCCUGCUGGCUAUGCUGCUGGCUGGCCGGAUCAGGCUCCGGAGGAUCGAUGCCUUCUCCACCUGCCUUUGGGCCCUGCUGCUGGGGCUGCACCUGGCCGAGCACUAUCUGCAGGCUGCCUCGCCCGGCUGGCUGGACACACUCAAGUUCAGCACCACGUCCCUGUGCUGCCUGGUGGGUUUCACCGCAGCCGUGGCUACAAGGAAAGCGACAGGCCCACGGAGGUUCCGGCCCCGAAGGUACUUCUCAGGAGACUCGACCAGCCUUUUCCCUUCCAGCCCCAGCCUGGCUGUGCCAUACCCAAGCGUCACAGCCUCGCCAGCAUCCCUGUUCAUCCCCACGCCACCCGGCUUCCUGCCUCUCACCAAGCAACAUCUGUUCCGAACUCCCCGUCGGGUCUCCCCCUCCUCACUGCCGGGCCGCCUCAGUCGGGCCCUCUCCCUGGGAACCAUACCUUCUCUGACCCAGACAGACUCAGGAUACCUGUUCAGCGGGAGCCGCCCACCGUCUAGGGUGUCUCCAGCCAGGGAGGUUUCUCUUUCAGAUUAUUUCUCUCUGCUGUCCGGCAGCUUUCCCUCUUCUCCUCUCCCUUCCCCAGCACCUUCCGUGGCCAGCUCUGGGGCCUCCAGCUCUGGCUCCUUGCGCCACCGCAGACCCCUCAUCAGCCCUGCACGGCUCAACCUGAAAGGACAGAAACUGCUGCUCUUCUCAUCCCCUGGGGAAGUACCAAACACCCCCAGCAGCUCAGAAGAGCACUCACCACCCAACGGAAGCCUCUUCAUCGAGUCUCCCCAGCUCCCGCAGAGGAAUCACACGCGAGACACAAAGCACACCAUGGAUAUGAGGUCGAUGCUGGUCAGAGAUGGCACCCGCAGCAGCCACUCCAUCAAGAAAGAGGACGAGUCGUCCCAGUCCUCCACCUGCGUCGUAGAUACCACCACCAAAGGGUGCUCAGAGGAGACCACUCCCUGGAAAGCUCGUGUUGGUCCCUCCCUGGUCCGGGGCCUCCUGGCUGUGAGUUUGGCUGUCAAUGCCCUCUUCACCUCGGCCUACCUGUACCAGAGCCUGCGCUGACCACCGAGUGCCCUUCCAGAGGGCAGUGCCAGGUGCAUGCUGCUUCUGCCACUGGCGCUGAGGUCCCUUCCUGAGGGGCUCUGUCUCCGCCUUGACUUCCUGGGUCGAUUCCCUGACCUCAGGAUACCUGCUGUCCACCCAACAGACUGCAAACAUCAACUGUGUUUGGUGCUGACACUCUGACCCCAAAGCCAGGGAUCUUUGUCCGGCUCGCCCAGCCCCAGGGACACUAGUGCCCCUGUAGCUGUGACAGGCCAGCCAGGCUGCCGGUGCCUCACUGCUGUCUCCGAGCCACCAGAGGUCUGCUGCAGAGCCCCACCAAGAGCCAAGAUGAAGAAUGCCCCUGAGAGACGCAGGAGGAGCCUGGAUCCCUCAGUCCCACACCUUCCCUCUCCAGAGAGCAAGGCUCCCUGAGGCGGGCAGCUGGCCGCCCUCGCCCCUGACCGGAGGCUCCAGGCAGGCUGGGCAGGUGGGGAUCCUGGGACUCCCCACUGACGCCUGCCCCAACAGCUGUUGUGACUUUCUCAGCAGGUAGCUGUUACCCUGAGAACACCAGAGCUCCCCGUGCGCCACGCCUCUCGCUCACACCCAGAGUCCCUGCCUGGCCUGCCAGUUGCUCUUGAGCUGCACAGUUCAGAUGAGACUGGACCUCCCUUACACCCAGUCCGUUCCUCCUGAGCCUGCUGUCCUCUCCUCCAUCCUGCCCCAUCUGUGUGCCCCUUGACCUGUGGCUCCAGGCCACCUGCGCUGGUGCCAUGCCCAACCACUGCCUGCUGAGGACGCUGCAGGCUUGCUGGGGCACAUCCUGUCCCAUGAGGGAGGAGGAGGAACGUCGGCCUAACACUGGCCUUUCGAUAGUGUGGGGUCACAUGUGCCUGUGGGGGUCAGGCCUUGGCCCUGUGUGCGCGUGCGUGCGUGUGCAUGUGCACACACACAUGUCUUUGUAUUAUACCCCUUGGGAUUUGUUGUGGGGGAGGGGCAUGGGGAAAGGAAGAGUCUUCACUGUCAUUCAGGGAUAAAAUUUAACUUUAUUUUUCUACACAUCUUUUGCCAGGUGAGGUGUGUGCUUUGAAGCAGACGCCUCCGGCCCCCCUGCAGGGAGGGGCUCUUAGCUUCGGGUGCUUUCAGUACUUUUUAUUUAACUUUAGAGAAGCCCUGACCUCACCUCUACACUCCUGUCCCGGGAGCUCCUGAUACUAUCCUGGGUUGUCUCACCAGUCAGGGGUCAGGAGUCCAGCUGCCACAAAGGUUCCAGCUUGGAGGUGACACCUCUUUGGUCUACAUUUGUACAAUGGAUGCAUCAAGUUUUUAAAUUUAAUAUUUCCUGCCUAAAACCAAAUUGUUCCUCAGCAUCCCUGUCUCCAGUCCCUUGGAAACAUCUAGGGAGAUGCUGCGGCCCCUCCCAGCAGGGCAGCCUGGCCAGCCGGCACCCUGCGCACCCAGGAGGGGCUCUUAUGUUUUGAUUUCAUAUACAGACACGAUGUUAUUUUUCUUUACAAAAGCAAAAAAAUAAAAACCAUACCAACCUUU